GAUGCAGCGAAUCAGGGAAGGGAUUCACAUUCGCACCAUGAAGGCGAAAAGGAAAGUGGAGGAGAUUUCUAAAGAAGAUGUUCAGGCUUUUCUGAAGAAAAACGCCUUCGUGCUGUUCACGGUCGCAGCCGUCGUCGUAGGAAUCGUCCUGGGAUUCGCUCUGCGUCCGUACAAGAUGACGUACCGCGAGGUGAAAUACUUCUCUUUUCCUGGAGAGGUUUUGAUGCGGAUGCUGCAGAUGCUGGUGCUGCCCCUGCUGGUCUCCAGCCUCAUUACAGGAAUGGCAGCUCUGGACAGCAAAGCGUCGGGGAAGAUGGGAAUGCGAGCCGUGAUUUAUUACAUGACGACGACGAUCAUCGCCGUCUUCAUCGGAAUCAUAAUCGUACUCAUUAUUCACCCGGGAAAAGGCUCCAAAGACGAGUUUGGAAAACAGCAAUUCAUCGAGCAAGUCAGUCCUGCCGACGCCUUCUUAGAUCUGAUCAGAAAUAUGUUUCCACCAAACCUGGUCCAAGCUUGCACGCAGCAGUUCAAAACCCGGUACGGGAAGCGAGUGGUCCACGUGACGGUGACGGUGAACGACAGCCUCUUCAACUCCACCAACGGUACACAGGAAGUGACGGAGAUCAGCCGGACGGAAGUGAUCCCGAUCCCGGGUCAGGUCAACGGGGUCAACGCGCUGGGACUGGUCGUCUUCUCCAUGUGCUUCGGUCUCAUCAUCGGGAACAUGAAGGAGCAGGGACGACUGUUGAGGGAAUUCUUCGAUAGUCUCAACGAAGCCAUCAUGCAGCUGGUGGCCAUCAUCAUGUGGUACGCUCCCAUCGGGAUCCUGUUCCUGAUCGCGGGGAAGAUCGUGGAGAUGGACGACCUGACGCAGAUGGGCGGCCAGUUGGGAAUGUACACGAUCACCGUCAUCGUGGGCCUGUCGAUCCACGCCGUGGUGAUUCUGCCCGGGCUCUACUUCGCCAUCACGCGGCAGAACCCGUUCAUCUUCAUCGCCGGGUUGUUACAGGCGCUGGUGACGGCCCUGGGGACGUCGUCCAGCUCUGCGACUCUCCCCGUCACGUUUAAAUGCCUGGAGGAAAACAACAAGAUCGAUAAGAGGAUCACGCGGUUCGUGCUGCCCGUCGGCGCCACCAUCAACAUGGACGGCACGGCGCUGUACGAGGCGCUAGCCGCGCUCUUCAUCGCCCAGGUCAACAACAUGGAGAUGAACUUUGGACAGAUCAUCACCAUCAGCAUAACAGCGACGGCCGCGAGCAUCGGCGCCGCCGGCAUCCCCCAGGCCGGCCUGGUUACCAUGGUGAUCGUCCUGACGUCCGUCGGACUUCCCACCGAUGACAUCACGCUCAUCAUCGCCGUCGAUUGGUUCCUGGAUCGUCUUCGUACGACGACCAACGUCCUCGGGGACUCGAUCGGCGCCGGGAUCGUGGAGUUUCUGUCGCGACACGAGCUGCGGAGCAAAGACGUGGAGAUGGGGAACUCGGUCCUGGAGGAGAAGGAGAGGAAGAAGCCGUACAAACUCAUCUCCCAGGACAGCGACGUGGAGAACGACAAGCGCGCGCACAGCGAAUCCAACAUGUAGCUGUAGCCGCGGCUAACGUGUAGCUUCGUCUGACGCGUCAACGAUCCGGUUCUGCUAACGCAGCCGUCGGCAACCCGCGGCUCUGCAGCGCCGCCCUGGU